CUUAAGUAGACAAAUUAUCAGCAGGAAAGAGACUGUUGCAUACGGCCACUAAUGUUUUCAUGUGUUCGUCAAUCCUGCCUCUUCUUUGGACAACGUGAUCUUCGUGACGUCUUGUUCACUUUUUCUGUUAGUAGUUGAAGAUGGUUACAGCGCCCCCUUUUGGACAUACUCGAGAACAGCCGGCGUGAUCUCCUGCGUUAAUUUUCAAACAUCUAGCUAGCCAUGCAAACUAGCAAAAUAGUAUUUGAAUGUUUAUUUAAUCUGUAAUUAAGUAACCGGACCACAUUUAAAGCUACCAACUUACUUCUGCGUCGAAAAAUAAAGUGGGUUUGCACAAAGUUAACAAAUAAAAAAUACCAAAUAGAAUUCUCAAUAUGUCAAAAUGUGCAGCGCCAAGUAAUAAAGAUUAAUAGUAAGUAGGAAAUAGGGAUAAUAUUUAGAAAGAAAGAAAAUAUUUAACUGGAUUUAAAUUAUUUUGUGAGAAGAAAGAGGGCAUGACGACGGAAAAGGCAGAACACAAGCACAGUUUAUGUAGGGAAAUAGUCUCAAGGUUGUUAAUAUAGUGUUAUUGCCACUGACCAAUCAGAAUGUCCCAUUUCAGUUCAGGUUUGCAGUUUUCAGAUUUUCAGUUCUACUUCGAGGCCUGGAUCAGUUUAUGAAUAGAUCAUUUACAGAUGCAGGAGGAGAGAGUAAAUAGCCUAGCUGCUGGCGUGUUCGAUCAUGACUACUUUCCAGUUGGCAGCUCAUCCAGCUCGAGCUGUUUGUAUGGAAAAGCCAACCACCACCACCAGCCAUCACAGGGCGGUCCCGAGCUGAACACCCAAACAGUCAUCAGAGGGGGCAUAUUAUCCAGCAUUCUCAGACUUCAACUUUCGACUUAAUUUUAACCCUGAGUGAGGGAACAGCAGCCUCCAGCAGUGAGAGGAUUACUACAGUAGGAGUGAUGUCCUGAGAAUACUCGGCAUCUAAAAUAAGCCCAGCAGCACUGAGGAAGUCUGUUUAUCCGAGACUGAACAGAGACUGGACUAUUACCUGUGAGUGAGCAGCACAAUGACUGCGCUGUAUCACACAUUCCUGCUCUUUACAGUCAGUAUGGCUUCCCUGCAGCCACAGAGGUCUUCAAGGAGUAAAAGGGGUCUGCUGGAACUAGCUGGGGUUAUCAAGUGCAGCACGGGACGAACAGCUUUAUCUUAUGUGAUGUACGGAUGUUACUGCGGUCUCGGGGGUCAAGGGUGGCCCAGAGACAGAGCGGACUGGUGUUGUCACAAGCAUGACUGCUGUUAUGGGGAUGCAGAAUUCGCGGGCUGUCAAACAAAAACGGACCAGUAUCAGUGGACGUGCGACGAUGAGCAGGCUGACUGUGACGCGCUUAAUGACAGAUGUGCGAAAAUCCUCUGCCGAUGUGACAGGGAAGCAGCCAGAUGUCUCAGAAAGGCACCGUUCAACCAAAAGUACGCUCUGUGGCCGGAUUUCCUCUGUGGAUGUGUUCAUCCUACCUGCAACAUUUACUAAUGAAAUUUUGUCCUUUGGUAAUCAAAUCUUGUUUGAUUACCAGAGCUUGUAUUGUAUGUUUAGUUUGAAUUUAUAUUGUUUAAAGGAUUUCCAUUUUCUUAUGUAUUUUACAUUUGCAUAGUUGACUUUCAUAAGUGAAUGAGUUAAUAAAAUUUUGCAAAAAUAA